AUGGAGGACAAUGUCCCGGUACAGAUUUUGACGUUUCUGUUCUGUUUCUGUACGUUUCUAUUGUGGGUGUAUGAUAUGUUUGUGGAAGUUCCUGCUUACAAGCGCCCUCUGCACCAUCCCGUUCCCGACAGUGGCGUACAACAUGCACCCCACAGUAGCGCAACAACUGGACUUUAUUCUUCAUCACUGGAGCAAGAACCGGUUCUGUGGAGGUCAAACUAUAACGUCGCAAUGCAAACCCAAACUAGUAUAACAAGAACGUCUUCGUCACCUCCGUUUCCUGGAGCAGUCGGGUACCCAUUGAGAAAUGAGACUAUUGGCGGGUCGUCAAGUUCCACGGCGCUAUUCUUCUUAUGGCUAGAAGGCAUUGCCAUCACUGUCUUUUACGCACUUGGUACCGAGAAGUUGUGGAGCACUUUCUCACAACUACGUAAACCCAGAAGUUGAUUAUGAUCCCAUGUCCUUAUCGAGCGUUGGUUUCCUCUUGUACUUAUGUAGAUGCGGGGAAUGGCGGUCGCCGUUGCUCUUCAAAUGAAGUUGCGAACACCUCUUGUGUCACCGGGUGGCUUAGCAGAAGAGUGUUUGCGUAAGAUCAAUCUUCUGAUGCGCCACUAAAAGUAAGUGUAGAAUUGAAGAUAUUUGAAUGACGUAUCUGCGUGUAACUUCUCUCAUUUUCUGGUUGGAGUUGGACAUCGCACCAAAGUGCAGCUUAAGAAUGGAUCAACUUCGAGAAUGCAUAUCCUCUUUCCUUUUCUUGUUGAGAUUGUGCACACAGCGGGUCACUGUCACAGCUUUAAUCGUGCGAGGAAGUAAUGACAUCGCGGCUGCGGCAUCUGCAGCUGCAGUAGUGCUUGCAAACAAUGUAUCGAGUCUCUUCGUAGGACCACGGCGAGAUGGAAGAGGGCUCCGAAACCAAGGAGAUGAACGGCUUGCUCCAGAGGAAUCGACACCGACAGGCAAGAGGAAUAUUGAGUUAGGGACCACCCAUGACGACAUCAACAUUGCGACCCUGCUCUAUGUAUUCGUGUUCUUCACAUCCACCUUGUACUAUUCCACCAUAACAAAUAUUUCAUUUUCAUUUUGUUUUUUUUUGCUCGUGUUACUGUUAGUAAGCACCAUGGAUCGAUGCUGCAAAGAUGUAACAGACAGGAAGAAUGUGACCGGGAACGCAAUGAAUGAUGUAAAAGUUGGAGUUGCGUCUACUAAAACUAAAAAACGUGCUGCACGAUGAAAAAAUAGGCCGCCAGCAAGAAACUCGGCAUGAAGAAGACCAUGGCAGAUCCCGAGAAAAUUCCACUUCCACCGAAGUUGACACCGAUGUUGUUAUGGCUUCGCCUUCGGUAUGGUGGUCUAUAAUAUUGCAGCUUGUGGUACGACAUGCUAGAGCUAUUUCCUGAAGACACUCAAGAACUUUUGCACAAAAGUGAUUGCCUAUUUUCUUCAACUCUAACGAGGUAGGAAAUAACACCAGGAGAAGUACAACUGGUAGUGCUUCCGAUACUAGCAAUUCCGGGGAGCACACAAGGACAUGGACAGAGCCUGCGUAUUUCGAGCGGCGAAGUAACGAGGCACCAGACACAAAAGCGAGAGCGCAGCUACUAGUAGAUGAUGAACGAGGACCGCCGAUUCAGCCUUCAACAACGCCAUUGCAGCAAGCGGAGAGGGUAGGCUCACAACAAACACGAGAGGAGGUGGGGCCACGAGAUGACGUCGGACUGCGACAAGCGACGCUCUCUUCAGAUUCGCAGACACUGGGGGGAGAAGAUGUUGAGAUAGUUCGACCAAGUGCCAGCGAGGUAGUUGCAGGGUACUUCACACAUAGAGUGUUCGGAGACGGAGUAUACUCUCAGCUCAUGUUAAAGCAUAAUUUCUUACUACUCGUCUUCUACCCAUACCCUACCCAUCACAAGAUGAACAAGUUGUAAUUGAUGUACUAGUACUACUUAGCUUAACUAGCAAAUGAAAAACACGUCCGCACGAGCAUCAACAUCAUGAUCAUCACCAUUUUUGCAAUGGUUCUAAUUGAUGGAACUAUUCUGUCCAACUUUGCCGUUGCCAUGAUUGUCCCGAGCUGGCUCAACGAAAAGGCGCCAGAUGUGUCAGUUUCCCGCACGAUUUGGUUCUCGAUGUCCCUGUGCACCGCUAUCUAUUUUAAGAUGAAGUACAAGAACGCAGGCAUAGCAUUUCUUAAUGAGCCACCAAGUAAAUGUAAAGGAAAAGGUGACGAGAACUGCAAAACGCAUCUUCUGCAGUCGUAAUUAGAAUCAUUUAUUUUGCACUGUGUCGAUCAAGAUCAGGAGGUGAGGAGCUCCUGUAGGCUCUCGAAGAACCACCUCUAAGCUUAUGGCAGUAGGCUUUUUGGGUGCGGCGUUUUUUGAGCAUCACAUUACAGAUAGUGCGAAUUAUCUGACUGUGAUGAUACAUCGCACGGACUCGUUUGUAGUGC